AUGUCAGUCGAGUUAGUCGCACCCUUAAUCGUCAAUGGGGAAGUCGAGAUCACGAUUGGCGAUGCAGAUAUAAAAGAUGAAUUGGAAUUCUGGCAUAAUUCUAUGAUUCUAUUUGCUUUAGGAAAUUCCCUCUCAAUGAAUGCUUUAAAACGAUUCAUGGAGAAUUUAUGGAGUUUUUUUUAUGAUGCUAGAACUAUAUUACAAUGA